GACGGGGCCUGGCCGCGGUCGUACGGGCGUCUGGGCUACGCUCUUUCUCUCUCGGCCGGCGGCACGGUGCUUUCCGGCUGCCGUCAAGCGCAGCAGUGGGCCGGCGGGCGGGGGCCGAGGGGCUGCCAUGGCGGCGGCAGGCCGGCUGCUGGGCUCCUGGGUGUUGCUGGCGCCGCUGCUUGGGGGCCUCGCGCUGCUGGGAGUCGGGCCGGUCCCGGCGCGGGCACUGCACAACGUCACGGCCGAGCUCUUUGGGGCCGAGGCCUGGGGCACCCUGGCGGCCUUCGGAGACCUCAACUCUGACAAGCAGACGGACCUCUUCGUGCUGCGGGAAAGAAAUGAUUUAAUCGUCUUUUUGGCAGACCAGAACGCACCCUAUUUUAAACCCAAAGUAAAGGUAUCCUUGAAGAAUCACAGUACAUUGAUAACAAGUGUAGUCCCGGGGGAUUAUGAUGGAGAUUCACAAAUGGAUGUUCUUCUGACAUAUCUUCCCAAAAAUCACGCCAACGGUGAAUUAGGAGCUAUUAUCUUCUGGGGACAGAAUCAAACCUUAGAUCCUUGCAAUAUGACCAUACUCAAUAGGACUUUUCAGGAUGAACCAUUAAUUAUGGACUUCAAUGCCGAUUUAAUUCCUGAUAUAUUUGGUAUCACAAAUGAAUCCAACCAGCCACAAAUACUAUUAGGAGGGAAUUUAUCAUGGCAUCCUGCAUUGACCAUUAAAAGUAAAAUGCGGAUUCCACAUUCUCAUGCGUUCAUUGAUCUAACUGAAGAUUUUACAGCAGAUUUAUUCCUCACGACAUUGUCUGCCUCUAAUACCUUCCAGUUUGAGAUAUGGAAAAAUUUGGAUGGAAAUUUCUCUCUCAGUACUGUAUUUGAAAAACCUCAAAAUAUGAUGGUAGUUGGACAGUCAGCAUUUGCCGACUUUGAUGGAGAUGGAAACAUGGACCACUUAUUGCCAGGCUGUGAAGAUAAAAACUGCCAGAAAAGUACCAUUUACUUAGCAAGAUCCAGAACAAAGCAGUGGGUUCCUGUCCUACAGGAUUUUAGCAAUAAGGGCACACUCUGGGGUUUUGUGCCAUUUGUGCAUGAACAACGACCAACUGAAAUACCAAUUCCAAUUACCCUUCAUAUUGGAGACUACAACAUGGAUGGUUAUCCAGAUGCUCUUGCCAUACUGAAGAAUACAUCUGGAAGCAAUCAGCAGGCCUUUUUACUGGAGAAUGUCCCUUGUAAUAAUGCAAGCUGUGAGGGGGCGCGUCGUAUGUUUAAAGUCUACUGGGAGCUGAUGGACCUAAACCAAAUCAGAGAUGCAGUGGUUGCCACCUUCUUUGAUAUUUACGAAGAUGGAAUCUUGGACAUUGUAGUACUAAGUAAAGGAUAUACAAAGAAUGAUUUUGCCAUCCAUACACUAAAAAAUAACUUUGAAGCAGAUGCUUAUUUUGUUAAAGUCAUUGUUCUUAGUGGUCUCUGUCCUAAUGAAUGUCCUCGUAAGAUAACAUUGAGCUAUCAUCAUUUUUGGCCUGACUGGAGUCAUCUGAGCCAUCCUUCAAAAAGCAACCAGAGGGCUUCCCUGGUGGCGCAGUGGUUGAGAGUCCACCUGCUGAUGCAGGGGACGUGGGUUCAUGCCCCGGUCCGGGAAGAUCCCACAUGCCGCGGAGCGGCUGGGCCCGUGAGCCAUGGCCGCUGAGCCUGCGCAUCCUGAGCCUGUGCUCCGCAACAAACCACCAGCAUCAGUGCAUCUCCUGGGAACUUGUAAGAAAUGCACACUCCUAGGCCUCACCAAGAUCUACCAAAUAGGAACACCUUGGUAUGCAGCCAGUGAAUCUAUAAUUUAAUAAUCCCUCCAGGAGAUUCUGAUAUAUGCUAAAGUCUGAAAACCACAGCACUGGACUUUUAGAAAAGGGAUUACUGUAAGCUAACAACCUUGUCUUCUUACACAGCAAUUAUGUAUAUUCAGAAGUGGAAUUUCAUCCAAACGUACAUUCUUGCAAAUAAAUUAUUCCUGUAGUUUUAGAAUCCUACAGUACACUAAAGAAAAUGAAUGUUAACUUGAUAAAUGUUUCUGUUUUGAUCAAAAUAAUUUUUUUCACUCGUAGUUCAACAUAAUUGAAAAUGAGAUAUCACUACCAAAAAAGACAUUAAUUUAUUUGGCCAAAGUAAAAAGAUAAUAGUGCAUACAUAUUGAGCACUUACUGUGUGCCAGGCACUGAUCUAAUUAUUUUACACAUAUUUACUCAAUCUUUACUUCAAUCCGAUGAGAUAGCUACUAUGAUUAUCCCUAAUUUAAGUAGAGGGAACUGAAAGUUAAAUAAUUUGCCCAAGGUUAUACAGAAAAUAAGUGGAAGAGGAAUAAUUUGAACCCAGAUUCUCUGACUCUAAAAACUACAUUCUUAGUUUCAAAAUUUGGAAAGCUAAUACCUAAAAUAUUCUCAUGACAUGAAAUAUUUGGAAUAACUCACAGGCCUUUAAAUUUUUGUUUUAAUCACCUCAAGCUGCCUUUACAAAAUACAAUCGGAAUUUAUUUUCUCACAGUUCUGGAAGCUGGAAGUCCAGGAUCACGAGAUCAGGGUGCUAGUAUGGUCAGGUUCUGUUGAAGGCCCUCUUCCUGGCUUGCUUCUUCUCACUGUGUGCUCACAUGGCCUGUCCUAGCUUUGUGCGCAGGGGGAGACAGAGAGAGAGAGCAAGUUCUCUGGUGUCUCUUCUUAUCAGGACACUAGUGCCAUCAUGAGGACCCUGCCCUCAUGACUCCAACCCUAACUACCUUCCACAUAUCAUCACAUUAGUGAUUGGAGCUUCAACGUAUUAAUUUUGGGGAGGCAUAAACAUUCAGUCUAUAAGAAUUAAGAAAAGUAUUUCAGAGAAGUAAGAAAGAAGUUAUGUGAAAUUUUCACAGAUGUGUUGUCGUUAUUGCUGAUUGAUAUUCCCAUAGUUUGCAUUCCCGGCAUAUUAGCUUUUCAGGUUUUCAUAAAGGAAUUCAAGGUAUGGGUAUAAAUACUUAAACUAGAGGAAUUAAUUGUUUCAGAAAUCCCUAAUCCUUUUAAAUUGAAAAUUCCUUAAUGAUACAAUCACUUCCCAAAUAAUAAAUUUAUAAAAAUUGAAAUUCUUUGGACCACCACUAAUAUAACCUAGGUAUGUGAAAGGUAUUAAAAGAUACAGCAAUACUCCUAGCAUCUCUACUGUAUUAGAAGAGAUACAAAGUAAAAGUUAUCCAAGUUUUUGCACUUGCUGAAGGUAUAACCCUAUUUACUACAUUUUGUACUAAACAUUCAUAUGGAGGUAAAUGGCACUAUUUAAGGGGGAAGAAAAAUCCUGAAACAUGUUUAAUGCUAUGACAUAAGGGUUAAGAAACCAAAACACACAGGCACAUGUACCAGUCAUAUCAUUUCCAUUGGGAAAGGCAGAGUAGGGAUUGAAUUACUCAUUAUGUACAUGAUACAGAGUACCAAUUCUCAAACUUCUUGUUCUGAAGACUCCAAAUAGUUUUUCUUAAGCGAGUUUUGUUUAUCAGUAUUACUCUAUUUGAAAUAAAAACUGAAACAACUUUAAAUGUUUUUAUUAAAUCAUUUUAAAACAAUAGACCCAUUACAUGUUGACCUAAAAUAAAGUUAUUUUUAUGGAAAAAUAACUAUUUUCCAAAAUACAAAAUGAGUGAAGAGUAACAUUCCUUUGUAUUUUUUUCAAAUCUCCUUAGUACCUGUCAUUAAAAAAAAAAAAAAAGAUUCUCAUAUCUCCUUUUGCAUUGUUUAUUAUUCUUUUGGUUGAAAUAUUAAAAAAAAAAUUUAGCCUUACACAGCUGUAUAGUAGAAAAAGAGAAUAUUUCAUAUCCUGUUCAGAUAACUGAUAGUAUACCAAAACUCAACAGUGGCAUUUACUUAAAGGUUAGUUGUAAUGUGGAAUUUGAAACUAUAUCAGUGAACAUUUCCAACUCUGUCACAUUACCCAUUGGUUAUUUAGAAGCCUGUUGUUUAAUUUCCACACAUUUGUGAAUUUCUCAAAUUUCUUUCUGUUGUUGGUUUCUAAUUUAAUUCCAUUGUCAUCAGAAAACAUACUUUGUACAAUUUCAGUACUUUUACAUUUAUUAGGACUUGUUUUAUGGUCUCGUAUAUGGUUCCCCUUAGAGAAUGUUUCAUGUGUGCUUGAGAAGAUGUAUUCUACUAAAGUUGGGUACAGUGUUCUAUACAUGUCUACUAGAUCUAGUUGAUUUCUAGUGCUGUUCAAGUCUUCUUUUUCCUUGUUGAUCUUGUGCUUCAUUGGUCUAUCCAUUAAUGACACUGCUGUAUUUUUAAUAAUUAUAAUAGUAUCCAGCAACCAUUAUUGUUGAAUUACCUGUUUCACCCAUCAAUUCCUUAUGUAUUUCAGGCCUGUGUUAUUAGGUGUAUUUAUGUUUAUAAUUGUUAUGUGUUCUUGAUAGAUUGAUGAAACUGUCCUUUUUUAUCUCUACUAACAUUUUUAUCUUAAAGUCUGUUUGUGUCUAUUAUUAGUAUGGCUACUCCAGCUCUCAUUUGGUUACUAUUUCCAUGGUAUAUCUUUUCCAUGCUCUUACUUUCAACCUAUUUGUUGUUUUUGAGUUUAAAGUGUCUUUUAUAGACAGCAUACACUUGGAUCAUGUUCUUCUAUCUAUUCUGCUAAUCUCUGCCUUUUGGUAGCACUGUUUAAUCCAUUUACAUUUAAUAUAAUUACUAAUUAGGUAGAUUUAUCUCUGCCAUUUUGCUAUUUUGUUCCUUAUAUGUCUUAUGUCUUUUUUCUUCCUCUGUUCCACCAUUACUGCUCUCUUUUGUAUUAUAUAUUUUCUAGAAUUUGAUUUUAAUUCCCUUGUUUUUUGUACUCUAUAUUUGAAAUUAUUUUUUUAGUGUUUCCUCUCAGAAUUACAGUUUCCAUUGUAACUUAGAAAACAAUAUACUCCAUAUUAAUACCAACUUAGUUUCAGUAGCAUAAACAGACUUUGCUCCAAUAUGCCUCAGUUUACUCCCCCCUCCUUUGUGCUUGUAUUUUCAUACAUGUUACAUCUUCAUGCAUUGUGAGCCCAACAACAUGGUUUUUUCAUUAUUACUUUAUGCAGUAAUGUUUUAAAUUAGAUAGGAGAAAAGAGCUACAAACAAACAUACAUUUAUAGCAUCUAGUAAAUUUACCUAUAGUUACCUUUACUGAUACUUUUUAUUUAUUUCUGUGGAUUUGAGUUCCUGUCUACUUUCAGUUCAGCCAGAAGAACUCCCUUAGUAUUUCCUGUUAGUUAGGUGUGUUAAUAAUAAAUUUUCUCAGUUUUUUUCUCACAAUGUGUUAAUUUUCCCUUCAUUCUUCAAGGAUAAUUUUGCUACCUUUUAGAUUUCUUGGUUGACUGUCUUUUCCUUUCAACACUUUAAAUAUUCAUCUUACUGUCUUCUGGACUCCUGGGUUUCUGAUGAGAAAUCAGCUUUAAUCUUAUUCAGGUUCCCUUGUACAUAACAAGUUGCUUAUCUCUUGUUGCAUUUAAAAUUCUCUCUUUGGCUUUCAGCAGUUUGACUAUGAUGUACCUUGGUGUGGAUCUCUUCAAGUUUAUCCUACUUGGUGUUCAUUGAGCUUUUAGAUGUGCAGUUUCAUGUAUUUAAUUAAAUUUGGGCAGUUUCAGACAUUUUCACAUCACAUAUUCUUUCUGCCUCUCCUCCCCUCCUUUCCUCUGGGACUCCUAUUAUUGUUGAUAUUCUUGAUGGUGCCCCACAGGUCUCUGAGGCACUGUUCAUUUUCUUUAUGUUUCUCAUUUUACUUUCUGUUUCUCACACUGGAUAAUCUGAAUUGACAUAUCUUCAAUUUUAUUGAUUCCUUCUUUUGCUAAUUUAAAUCUAUUGAGCCUCUCUAGUGAAUUUUUUUAUUUCAGUUAUUGUACACUAGAAUUAGUGUGGGAUUUUUUGCGUGUAUGACUUAUAUCUCUUUAUUGAUACUCUAUUUUGGUGAGAUAUUGUUCUCAUAAUUUCCUUAAAUUCUUUACAUGAUUUCCUUUACUUUCUUUGAACAUAUUUAUAAUAGCUGAUUUAAAGUCUCUACCUAGUAAGUCAAACAUCUGUGCUUCCUUGGGGGAAAUUUCUAUUGACAGCUUUUUUUUCCCUUUGUAUGAAACAUACUUUCCUGUUUGUGUGUCUCAUAAUUUUUUGUUGUUGAAAACUGGACAUUAUAAAUAAUGUGUUCACCCUGAAAAUCCCCCCCUUAAGUUUGUUGUUAUUGCUGCUGUUUGUCCAGUGAGUUUCCUGGAUUAUUACUAUGAAAUCUUUAUUCUUUAUUGUAUAUAACCAUGAAAUCCUUAUUCAGUAAGUUUUAAUUGUCAGCUGUGAGUGGACACAGUUUUUCUUAAAUAAAGGAUUGAGAGAU